UACAGUAGCCCUCAUAUAAAAGUUCCAGUUUCGUUUUCGUUGCACGAAGCGUUCCGUUUUUACGGCGCCAGAAAAACGCAAAUUGAACGGAAGCGUAUUAUUCAUAAACGCACCGUAAUUACGUUCCGUUGUACGGGAAAAAAACGGGUAAAAUUUGAUGAGUCAGUACGCGGUACGCAGCUACAAGUAGCUAGCCGUCUCUUACUCUCUAUUAAAGAUAGCUAGUCUCUGUGGACGUGGAUGGAUCUGUCUCUGUACCUUUGCAGAGCAACCAUGUUACAGCAGCGUUUAGGGAGUCCAAGAAGGCUUGCAAUGCCAUCAGAGUUAUUUUGCUCAAAGAAAUAACAACUCAAAGGUUAGAUCUAUUAGUGCAGUGGCAAAGGUGAUUGAUUUGAACCUUUUGACAGGUUGUGAUUGGAGUGUCAGCAGUAUAAAGAUAGUGAGUGUCCAAGGUAGUAGUCAUUCAUUUAUCAACCAUUUUGAAGAUUGAAGAUAUUUAACAAGAUUAUGGCUUUGAGAAGUGUUUUGAAGGAACUUCAGCUAAGAAAGAAGAAGUUUUUCCUUGUGGAGUGGCACUGCGACAAAAUGGUCACCGUUGUUGAAGAAAAACACAUCCGUGCUCGAGAUGGUCCCAUUACCAAGGGGAAAGACUACUUCGUAAAAUAUGGAAGCAAAUUCUUGGAAGCAAAUGUUCUUGCUACUGGGACAAAAGAAGAAAUUGAAAAGAUUGAGCUAGAACACCACACUGAAGAUGACCUGCCAAAGGCAGCAAAGGAACCAGCCAAGAAGAGGGGACGAAAGAGAAAACAGGACGGAGACAAAGAAAACGCCCAAAGCAAUAAAAAAAAGAAAACUAAGGAACCAGGAAAAAUGUUAACUGUGACAGACCCACAGCUCCCAAUAGACCUUACGACGGAGUCUGAAGCCCCCCAACCCCUGGAUCUGGAUCCCACUGACCACCCCACUGACCCCAAGCCCCAGGAUCUGGAUCUCACUGACCCCAAGCCCCAGGAUAUAGACCCCACUGAUCCGAAGGCCCAGGAUGUGGACCCCGCUGACCCCUGCCAAAAUUCUUCAUUCAGCUCGGUUAUUCCCAUGCAGAACAUUUUAAAACCGAACCAACAUAAGUCCCCUAACCGCAGCCCACCUUCUCCGCAACCACUAUUUUCUCCCCUCUCUUCUAACCCCGACUAUUACGACUGUGGUAAGUACAUGUACAUUGUAUACUGUACCUUUGUGACUAUAAUUAUACAUACAUAUUUAUUACCUCUAUUUUGUUUUUUUACAGAUAACCAUAAUCCAAGUGAUAUGGUAAUCAGCAACCAAUCAGUCGAGUAUAGUAACAACGAUACUGCUGAGUCCACAGAGCUCCUUCAGGCCAGGCUGGACAUACACGAGCUACAAGAAAGAGUGGGCAUUCUUGAGCACACCCUGACGUCUGUGCUAGAGCGGUUGAAGCAACACGAAGAGCGGUUGGAGCGACAAUGGCAUGUAUCCGCAUCUCAACUGCAGAUGCCAAGCCCCGUCAACCACUCGUACAACCCACCUAUUAACACCUCUUCACCUCAAACCCCACACAGAUUUCUCCAACCCUAUCGAGUACAGCAGCCACCCCAACCCCAAGUACAGCAGCCACCCCAACCCCAAGUACAGCAGCCAUCCCAACCCCAAGUACAGCAGCCACCUCAAACCCCUUCUCAAGCCCAGCAGCCAGUCAACGCAGACCCCAGUCCACUUCCACUGCGCGGAGAGAAGGCCAUGGACUCUGCCUUGCCAUCUUCCGAGAUAAAAAAGGACAGAUUACAAUCAAAAAAAGACACUUUGGCCCAGAACAAAAAAUUUCACUAUGAAAGCAAGGCGCCGACACUGGCGUUGCGAUUGGCGAAACUUACGUAUUUUGGAGAGGACGUAAUGGCCAGGUGUACACCAAAUGGAUGUAGAGACCGACCAGCUCUUCCAAGACAAGAACUCUACGAGCUGAAGUCGGAGAUAUUUAGACUAUUCCCAAUUUACUGGUGCAAUCCAGUGGGAUUUGAAGCUCUAUGGGGAAAUUGUUUGACAGCAAUUGAGCAAGGCUGUAAAAGAAUGAGGAGAUCGGCUCUAACAAAUCAAGUGAAUUAAUGCUAACAUUAUUAUUUUUAAAGUCACAUUGUUUUACACUUUUUCACUGUUAAUUGCACUUACUUGGUUACUUGUAUUUUAUUUUAUUGCACACUGUCUUUUUCACUGUUAAUUUUGUUUAUUGCACUUACUUGGUUACUUGUAUUUUAUUUUAUUGCACACUUAUUUGUUUUGCAUCAUCUGCACAUCACUUCUUUACUAUAACUUCA